CCGAGCUCAUCUUUACUGGAUUCGCUUCUCUUUUUGAUACACCCCACAAAAUACAAGUUACAGAUUACCAAAAAGAGUUAACCAAAGUGUUCGGAGAAAAUUAAGUAAAAAACCCAUUAAAAGGUUUUUUAUUUAUUUUUAAAGCAAGAAAAAAGUGUUUAUUUUUUUAUUAGCCUUUAGUGGUUAUUAUUUUUAUUUUUUUGGACUUUAAACUUAUUAAUUUUCUGGAAAAAAAUAGUUCGAAAUCGAAACACUAUCGGUUUAUCUGUCUUACUCUCUUUCUCUCUCUAAAAGGAAACCCUAACUUUCUCCAUCGUAGAUUUUUUCUUAAAUCUUCUUUCUUCCCACGAUUCGUGGGUUUCUAGGGGUUUCAAGGCUGUCAAUGGUCUGAAUUUUGUGUCUGAGGUCUGAGAUUGAUAAGGAUCUGUAGUUGGAGAGACGAAACAGAGCUAUAAUGGCUUCGUCUGAUAAAGAUCUUGAAGUACAACUGCUGGAAUCUGGGAAUAGGCUUGUGGAACCUCCGUCAUCCGUUGAUGAACUCCUUCCUCUUCUCGACAGAGUUGAGAAUUGUCUAUCAAAGGUGGAGCAGUCUCCCUCUGAAUCAAUGCAAAGUGCACUUUCUCCGUCAUUGAAAGCAUUGGUUGAUGAAACACUUUUAGGACAUACAAAUGUUGAUGUUAAAGUUGCAGUUGCAUCUUGCAUCAGUGAGAUAACAAGAAUUACUGCACCUGAUGCGCCUUAUGAUGAUGACCAGAUGAAGGAGGUCUUUCGGCUUAUUGUAUCAUCAUUUGAAAAUCUGUGUGACAAGUCAAGCCGAUCAUACACAAAAAGAACCUCAAUUCUUGAGACUGUUGCAAAGGUCAGGUCUUGUGUGGUGAUGUUGGAUCUUGAAUGUGAUGCCUUGAUCCUGGAAAUGUUCCAGCAUUUUCUAAAGGCAAUUAGGGACUAUCAUCCAGAGAAUGUUUUUCAAUCCAUGGAGACAAUAAUGACCCUUGUCUUAGAAGAAAGUGAAGAUAUUCCAAUGGAGCUUCUCACCCCUAUAUUAGAAUGCGUGAAAAUUGGCAACAAAGAUGUUUUGCCCAUUGCUCGGAAAUUGGGAGAGAGAGUUCUUGAAAUAUGUGCUCCGAAGGUUAAGCCUUACUUGGUACAGGCUGUAAAGGACCUGGGUAUUUCAUUAGAUGACUAUAGUAAAGUUUUAUCUACCAUAUGCCAAGAUGCUGAUGGUGAUGUUGAGCAGAAUGAAGUCCAAGCUUCUGAUGAGAAUAUGGCUGUUGAGAGCAGGCCAACGAAGCCACCCUUGGAUAACGGAUCCCAGGAGGAUAAAGCGGGAACAACAGAAGCAGCAUCAUUAGAACAAGCUGUAAUUUCUGUGGAUAGAUCUCCUCAGUCUGCAUUGAGUAAUGGUAUCACCCAGACUGCGGGAGAUGACUCUUUGACUGAUUCUAGCUCCCUGAAGAAGCAAGAGGAUGAUCAGCAAAUCGAGAGUACCAAGGAUUUGGAUGCACCAAACAAUGUUGACACUGAUACUUCGAACACUGAGAAGGCAGCAGAUACAGAAGAGAAGCUAGAGCAGAGCAAUAAGAAAGUUGGGAGAGAUACUAGUUCGUCUGCAAAAUCUACUCCUUCAGAAAGUCCUCAUGUUUUGAACGAGAAGGAAAGUGCUGAUAAUGAGAAGAAAAGUGCAGAAAAUGAGAAGAAAAAUGCAGAUAACGAGAAGAAAAGUGCAGAUCGUGAAAAGAAAAGUUCAGAAAACGAGAAGAAAAGUGCAGAUAAUGAGAAGAGAAGUUCAGAAAAUGAUAAGAAAAGUGCAGAUAAUGAGGAGAAAAGUGCAGAAAAUGAGAAUCAAAAUGCAGAAAGUGAGAACCUAAGUGCAGAAAAUGAGAAGGAAAGUACAGACAAUAGGAAGGAAAGUGCGGACAAUGCAAAGGAAAGUGCUGACAAUGAGAAGGAAACAGAGAAACUUCCAGACCAGGAAGAACAGAGUGAGGAUCUUCGCGAUUCACCACAUCAGGGUCCAGUUGAUGAGACUGCAGUGCUUUCAGAAAAUGAUAAGGUGUCUGAUGUUAAGCUUUCAUCACCCAAGGCAUUGGAGAGUGAAUCUGCCAAUGUUGCUACUACAUCUCCAAGUGUGAAACUUACUGAUGAAAGUCGUUCCAAAAAGUCUGGGCGACAGAAGAAGAAGGAUAAUUCAGAUAAGGAAGCUGCUCCAUCUGCCGAUGAUACCUCCAAAAAGGUAGCUGAUGGGACAAGUGAUUCUGAGGUAAAGACAAACAGGCGUUCCGGGAAAAAGGUGCCAGCUGCUACUUCUAAUGAGAAUAAAGCUUUAGCAGAGGCUAAUGUAUCCAAGAAGGAAAGUGGAAAUACAAGUGACUCAGAGACAAAGCCUUUGAGGCAGUUAGCUAAGAAAGUAGAUGGAGGCAGUAAAAAGGAAGAAGGAUCCUCAGCAAAGCAUGCGGAGGAUAAGAAGAAGAGGGUUCGGGGAAAAGCUCUUUCUGAGAAGGAUGGAAAAAAAGCUUCUAUUAAAGAUGAUAGCAAAGAUACUAUUGCUUCACCAAAGUCAUUGGGGAAAUCAACAAAAGAUGAACAGAAGAUUGAGGAGACCACGAAGACAAAUUCUAAGAGAAAACGUACUCCAGGCAAAGCAAAGGAGUCCGGCAAUAAAGGUUAUGAUGAGGAUUGGGUUGGUAUGAAGGUUAGAGUUUGGUGGCCGGAUGAUCAAUUGUACUAUAAGGGUUAUAUUGCAUCUUUUGAUCCCGUAGCAAAGAAGCAUAAGGUUAUGUAUUAUGAUGGUGAUGAGGAAGUAUUAAAUCUCAAGGAAGAAAAGUGGAAUUUCAUCGAAGGUGAUUCUGUGUCCAAUGAGGAAGGUAAAGCUGAACAAGCAAGUCCUGAUGCUUCCAAUGAAAUUCCCCUAAAGAAGAAAGUGAAGACAAAUGCGGAUGAGCCUUCUAAACGUAAAAAGAUCGAGUCUUCACCCAAAAAGGGUGGAGGUGCUUCAUCCAGCAAAUCCAAGGUCACGCCAAAAUCUGGACGUGGCAAUAAAGCUGAUGGCAAAUCCAAAGAUGAUUCCAAAUCUGUUGGCAAGUCGGAUGCGGUGGGUGGUGGCAAAUCUAAGGAUCAUACACCAAAAAGUGCUAGUACCAAAUCAGCCAAUGUUGCAUCAAAAUCAUCAACCAAGUCUAAGAAUCAUGAUUCUCAGACACCAAAGACUACCAAAUCCAAGGACGAAAGCAGCACGCCGUCCACCAAGUCCAAGCAAGAAAUUCAGAAAUCUGGAAAGUCAAAGUUGGCGACACCCAAAACAGCUACUGUUUCCAAGGAGAAAACCAGUCAAAGUGGUGGGAAGUCCAGUGCCAAUGGUACUGGGAAAGUGAAGUCUGGUUCAUCGAAGAUAAAAGAGGUUGAUGAUGAUGGUAAGGAGAGCUCCUCUGAUUCAGGUAAACCAGCAGAGAUUACUAAAGGCAAGUCCCCGAAUCCUUCCAAGGCUCAGGAAGGUGAGGCCAAGACAGGUAAGAAGCGACGAAGAAGUGGCACGAAAGGUUAAACAUUUUCUUCUGUUCAUUUCCUCUUAAAAAAAGGGGUUGUUUAGCUCUGCAAAUUGAUAGUAGACACGUUGGAGCUGCCGUUGUUAAUUCACAGUUAGUCGGUAGUUUAUGUAGUUGUAGGAUUGAGGUGGAGUUCAUUUGCGUUCAUGUUUUUUUUUUAUAUAUAUAAAUUAUUAUUUUAGAUGGGAUUAAUGUUUAUUUGGGGAGGAAGGCAGCAGAAUCUCUUAUGGGUUGGCUUGGUUCUUGUUAUAAAACCUGAAUGCGUUAUAUAAGAUAAUGUCAGAAUCAGAGUGAUCUUCAGAUGACUGCCAAGAUUCACUAACCUUAUUGAUGAUGAGUUACCAUUAAUGUGGACAUAAUGUAGUGAUUUAUGUUUAUUAUUUAGUAGCAGUAGAAGAUCAUCAUCAUGAUGCCAUGGAAGAUGAAGUGAAGGUUUUUACCUUAUUUCUAAGUCGUGUAAAGGGUUUAGAAUUAAACUUAGCUCUAUGAUUGAUUAAUUAUUGUGAGUAGUGUUUUUUUGCUUUGAGAUAAACUAGGGGUUUCAACUAGACAAGACAAUGUAAAAAUAUAAAAAAAGAGGUGACUUUGAUUUGA